AUGCUGCACUCCUCCUCUCUACCAACUCCAUCAAAGGGCACAUCGCCCAUAUCCAUGCCAAAAGUGGGACUUGGGCCUAUGAGUUUAACUGCAGAACCUUUCUGGGUCAUUGACCUUGUCAACCCUCCUGAAGAUACACAAUUUGCAAGUAAGGUUGUAGUGAACUCUAAUGCUCCUGUAGGAGAAUGUUUGAAGUGGGUGAAAGGAGCUGUAGAAGCACUACAUUUGGAGGGCCUUGUGAACAUUGGGUCUGGGGAUAAUUUUCUUGAAGAGUUUUUGACCUUUGUGGGAGGGAGUCACACUUAUGUGACAAGCAGCAGGUUCCCAAAUGUCAUGGAGUCCCAGCACUACACUUGA